AUGUCCUCUGCUAAAGCUCAUAAAGUGGUUCACGAGGCCCACAACGUUGAGGCUCGCCAUCCUCCCGCUCACUUCUACAACUCGCAGCCUCGCAGCGGUCACGUGACCGAUUUAGCGCACUACCAAGAGAUGUACGCGAAAUCGAUUUCGGAGCCCGAAGAGUUUUUUGGACCCAUGGCUCGCGAGCACCUUCACUGGGAUAAGCCAUUCACGAAGGUCUGCUCUGGAUCGCUUGAAAAUGGUGAUGCUGCUUGGUUCUUGAACGGUGAAUUGAACGCCGCAUACAACUGUGUCGACAGACAUGCGUUCGCCAAUCCUUCCAAGCCAGCUAUCAUUUACGAGGCCGACGACGAAAAGGACAACAGAGUGCUAACGUUUGGUGAGCUCUUGCGCCAAGUUUCGGAAGUCGCCGGCGUUCUACAAAGCUGGGGCGUGAAAAAGGGUGACACUGUGGCCGUGUACUUGCCUAUGAUUCCGGAAGCUGUAGUUGCAAUGUUGGCAGUUGCUCGUAUUGGUGCCAUACACUCUGUUGUUUUCGCUGGCUUCUCUUCCGGGUCUUUGAAAGAUCGUGUCGUGGAUGCCGGAUGCAAAGUUGUGAUUACAUGCGACGAGGGCCGUAGAGGCGGUAAAACCGUUCACACCAAAAAAAUCGUCGAUGAAGGUUUGGCAGGUGUUGGCUUGGUUUCGAACAUCCUCGUUUUCCAAAGAACCGGAUCCGAAGGCAUUCCAAUGAAGCCAGGCAGAGACUACUGGUGGCAUGAAGAAACUGCCAAGCACAGAGGUUACCUUCCAUGCACUCCUGUGAACGCGGAGGACCCGUUGUUUCUGCUUUACACUUCAGGAUCCACGGGAUCGCCUAAAGGUGUUGUACAUUCCACCGGUGGCUAUCUCUUAGGAGCCGCUUUAACAACGAAGUACGUCUUUGACAUACAUCCUGAAGAUGUUCUAUUCACAGCAGGAGAUGUCGGCUGGAUUACCGGUCAUACCUAUGCUUUGUAUGGUCCAUUGACUUUGGGUACUGCAACAAUCAUUUUUGAGUCUACUCCCGCCUACCCUGAUUACGGGAGAUACUGGAGAAUCAUCGAACGCCACAAGGCUACUCAUUUCUAUGUCGCCCCAACUGCUCUACGUCUAAUUAAGCGUGUCGGUGAAGCUGAAAUUGCCAAAUAUGAUACUUCGUCUUUGAGAGUUUUGGGGUCAGUCGGUGAACCUAUUGCGCCAGAUCUAUGGGAAUGGUAUUUCGAAAAAGUGGGCAAGAAUAGCUGUGCUAUUUGUGACACUAUGUGGCAAACUGAGUCCGGAUCACAUUUGAUUGCUCCUUUGGCUGGGGCCGUACCUGCCAAGCCAGGUUCAGCCACCGUUCCCUUUUUUGGUAUCAAUGCUUGCAUCAUUGACCCUGUUUCCGGAGAAGAACUAAAAGGCAACGAUGUUGAGGGGGUCCUUGCAGUCAAGAGCCCUUGGCCUUCAAUGGCGAGAUCCGUUUGGAACAACCACUCUCGUUACAUCGAAACUUACUUGAAACCAUACCCUGGAUAUUACUUCACGGGUGACGGUGCAGGUAGAGACCACGACGGGUACUAUUGGAUUCGUGGUAGAGUUGACGACGUUGUAAAUGUUUCUGGCCACAGAUUGUCUACUUCCGAAAUCGAGACCGCUCUAGCAGAACACGAGGGUGUAUCCGAGGCUGCAGUAGUUGGGAUCUCCGAUGAACUUACAGGUCAGGCUGUCAUUGCCUUUGUUUCUUUGAAGGACGGCUAUGUGCAGGAAGCUGUGAAUGAAGGGGACACUGCCCAUAUCACACCUGAUAACUUACGUCGUGAGCUUGUGCUUCAGGUGAGAGGCGAAAUCGGUCCAUUUGCCGCUCCAAAGACUGUUGUAGUAGUGAACGAUCUUCCAAAGACAAGGUCGGGCAAGAUUAUGAGAAGAGUCUUGAGAAAAGUGGCAUCUAACGAGGCGGAAGAGCUUGGCGACUUGUCAACUCUUGCAAACCCUGACUGCGUCCCUUCUAUCAUUUCUGCUGUCGAGAAUCAGUUCUUCGCUCAAAAGAAAAAAUAA